UUCAUGCAGCCAGCGGUUUGGUCUGAUUGAUCCACAUGUUUUACUGAUCCUGAUUCAACAAACUGCUGCAAAUGUGUCGUUUUUUCACGUUGGCGGGCGUUUACAAUGAUGAGCGGUGUGUGAAAAGGCGCAGUGUGAAGAGAAACGAGCUGCCUCCUUUUUCGCUGUGACUUUUAUUCCGACCCAGAGGAGCCGCUCUGAGCAUGCGCGCUGCAUCGGUUCUAUGGGGACGGGGAGGACAUCACGGAAAAAAAACGUAGCUGCAGCAGCACCACUAACCCCACGCCGAGAUUUCUGCCUCUCCGCUGCGCCAAAACUGCGCGACGGACGCGGCCCACGACUAUGCCCGGAGCGGCGGCGAGGAGCGGAGCGACCCCGACAGGCCUGGCCGAGGUCUGAGCCGUUCACCGGGAGGGGAAAUACGUUUCUUCAUAUGGGAACAGCAUGCGGGAAAUGGUCGGAGGCUGCUGCGUGUGUUCAGACGAGCGAGGCUGGGCUGAGAACCCGCUGGUUUACUGUGAUGGACAUGGCUGCAGCGUCGCCGUUCACCAAGCAUGCUACGGCAUUGUCCAGGUGCCCACCGGCCCGUGGUUUUGUCGGAAGUGUGAGUCACAGGAGCGAGCGGCGCGAGUGAGAUGUGAGCUGUGUCCGCACAAAGAUGGCGCCCUCAAGAGGACGGACAGCGGAGGCUGGGCCCAUGUUGUUUGUGCGCUCUACAUCCCCGAGGUGCAGUUCGCCAACGUCCUCACCAUGGAGCCCAUCAUCCUGCAGUACGUCCCGCACGAGAGAUACAUCAAGACGUGUUAUAUCUGCGAGGACCACGGCAGGGAGAGCAAGGCGGCCUGCGGAGCCUGCAUGACCUGCAACCGACAAGGCUGCAGACAAGCUUUCCAUGUCACCUGUGCUCAGAUGGCCGGUCUCCUGUGUGAGGAGGAAGGCCCAGAAGCUGAUAACGUGAAAUAUUGUGGCUACUGCAAGCAUCACUACAACAAAAUGCAGAAGAAGUUGCGCUCGAGUGAAAAUACAAGCAGCUCCUUCAGUCACUCCAGGGGACGCUCCAGCUCGCCAUCGCAGGAAAAACAGCAUCACCACCACAGACAGAGGAAGAGCCAUAAGGACAAAAUCAGGCAAAAAGAGCGGCACAAGAAGUCUACUGACAGCCUGGGCUCCUCUGUGACGUCAAGCAGCAUAGAAAAGAUUUCGUCCAGUCACCACAGCAGCAGCAAAGACAGCGAGGGAAAGUCCAAGAAGCUGAGCUCGCACAGUCACGGUCAUCGAAGUAAGAAGACAGGAAGUACUGGCAAGAGCUGCUCCUCGUCCUCCUGCUCCUCCAGUCCCUUCAACACAGGCGGUUCGCUGUCUUCUGCUCAGGAUUUCCAUCAAUUUUCAGCUUCUUCCCGCCUCGAACGUGACCAUGACCGUGGUGGCGACGACCACCACAGUGGAGAGGAUCGCAAGGAGCGUCACCGGAGGCCGGCGGUCCACGAGGACGAGGAGGAGGAGGACGAGAAGGAGGAGGAUAAAGACGAGGAGGACGACGAAGAGGAGGAGGAAGAGGACUGUAAAUACCACAAACCGCCGGCGUUGACGCCCGCCGACGGACCACUAGCGGCAUCGCAAAGUCACGACCGGUCCGAUGGCAACUCCAGCCCCUUCGAGAACAAAGUCACCAUCUCCACGUUCGGCUCCAUCAUGCGCAUCACGUCGUCGUCGGGUCUCGGCAGCAGCAGCAAGAUCCGGAAGAUCUCGUCGUCGGGUGACUACAAGCCCUCCAAGUCUCUCUGCAAGCAGCUGAGCACGCCGCCCAUCCUGGAGGAGGCAGACAUGGAGGACAAGGCCACGCCCCCACCGCUGCCCAGAGAGAGACGUCACCGCGGCAACAAGAAGAGCCGCCACGGUCCAGGGCGUCCUAAGGGAAGCAAGAACCGUGAGAGGAGGGACGAGGAGCAUCACCACCACCAUCACCACACGACGGCGGCGCCUCCUCCUCCUCCUCCGUCUUUAACCUCCUCGCUGUACACGAGCCCGUCCUCCAUCCCCCACCCCGCCUUCCCCUCCUCGCUGCCGCCCGCCGCUGCCGCCACCUCUUCCUCUUCCUUCUCCUCCUCCUCUGCCGGUAGUUUUUCGACGAGCCGCGGAAACUCGCUGCUCGGCUCUGGUAUCUACUCCAGUCUCAAGGACCCUCUCACGCUGGGCGGAGGCGUCUGCAGUACCCCUCUGUCUCUGGGUGGAGGAGUCUGCAGCACCUCCUUGUCCCUGGGAGGGAGCAUGUGUAGCACCCCGCUCUCCUCAGGACUCCUUCCAUCCCACGUCUCCUCGCUGUCGCUUCCCUCGAUCAACACUGUCUCCAACACACAGGUCCAUCCAGGCUCCAGCGCCUCCUACAGUCUGACCUCCUCUCAGCCUUUCGCCAGCUGUCUGUCCACAGCCCCAACACUGCCGCCACUACUGAGCCAAGCCCAGACCUCACUGCCAGAGUCCGACCUCGAUGACUGUCGCUUCCCGUGUCAGGGGAACUCGCCAAGAGAGAGUCUUUCCUCGCAGUCUCCGAUGAGCUGUCUUCCCCUUCUGUUCGAUCAGAGAGACGGACUCGGCGCCGGAGUCCGAGCCCGGCCGGAGAACGUCCCCCCGGCCAGCUCCCACAUCGAGCUGUUGCUGGAGAAACACGGCAACGGAGAGAUGGGAGUCAACAUCGUGGAGAUGCUCCAGUCUCUUCACUCUCUGCAGCAGGAGAACCAGCGUCUGCAGGACCAGAUCCUCAGUCUGUCGGCCAAGAAGGAGCGUCUGCAGCUGCUCAACACGGAGCUGGCCGUGCCUUUCCCUCCUCACGCUCACUCCGCCCAGGGCUCCAUGCACAUGUCCGCCCAGAUGAACUUCCUGUCGUCCAGCCAAGACCCCCUGAGCACCAAUAAGAGCCCCCUGUCCAAAAGCUGCUUCCUAAAUGACACCUCCUUUGUUACCUCGUCUGAGGAGCUCCACUCUGGCAGUCCGUCCCGCAGCAGCUCCUCGCUGUCCUUCCAGAGCACUCCUCCUCCUCAGCAGAGUCCCGCCUCCUUCGGCCAGCCGCUGCUCAACGGCCUGAGUCGAGGUCUGAGUGACGGUCUGGGGAGCAUCAGUCAGGCCGGCGGCUCCUCGCUGCCCGUGGUGGGCGGCCUCAUGGCGUCCCUCGCAGGAAGUCCUCAGCUGACCAUGAAUGGCGUGCUGGGCGGUCUGAACGGCGUCAUCCAGUCUCCGGUGCAGAAUCCUCCUCAAACGUCACUUCCUGCUCUGAGGCCUCAGCCGCCACCGCUCAACCCCCAGGCCCUGGCUCAGGGCUUCCAGCUGCCCAAGAGCGUCAGCCCGUCUUCUCUCCUGUCUGAGCAGCAGAAGCAGCUUCUUCUGGAGCAGCAGCAACAGCAGCAGCAGCUUCAGCAGUUCCUCACCUCCCAGAACUUCACACCUGAGCAGCAGGUGGUGGUUUGCCAGAUGCUGCAGCAGCAGAGACAGAGGGAGCUGCAGCGCCUCACCCUGACCGGAGCGCUCACCUCCACCCCAAACUCACCCAUGAUCGCCCAGUCGCCCAGCCUGCUGUCCUCGGCCACGGCUUCACCGCUGCAGGGAGGCCAAGGAGGAAGCCUGUUCGGUCUGCAGGACAACGCACUUCACAAGCCCGGGGCUGCAGGUGAAAAGGGUGGAGACAAGAACGGGUGAUGAAUCCUGGAGCAGCUGAGAUGAAAAAAAAAACUGAAUCUCCGCCUUGAAGAACUGAGGUCAACUCACGACUUUUUCCUUCUCUGUCACCUUCAUCUUCCAGCCUCUUCUAUGAAUGUACAACAGGAUGGACUCAAGGUGAAGCUUCUCGUGUUUUUGAAAAUUCCCUCGAUAUCAGAGGUUCUUCUCAUAGGAUUUUUUUGCAUAGGCAGCUUUCAGAGAGCAUGAAUUCAAGUGGUCUCUUCUUAAAUUGCACUAAUUUGUUAGCUAGACCAGCGGGGCUGCGGAGCCGGAGCCGCUCCCUCCAGGAGCUGCGACGGCCGUUUGGUUUGAAGGUCGAACUCUCGAGCGCUUCAUGACGUUUCCCUCCUCGGCUCGAACCAGAGUUUCCACACUUCUGCCACUUCUUGCAACCUCAACUGUCUUCCUUGAUAUUUUGUCUUCCCUUUGUGUUCAACCCCGCAUUUCAUCCUUCUGAGCCUCUCCAGGCACCUACUAUGUAAAAGGGUAAAUACGCUGUCAUUUUUUAACGUGUGGUUAGUGGCAUUUCAACAUUAAGCUAGUUCUUACCUCAGACUUUCUGCCAACUAUUUGUCGACAUUUUGUUACCACGACAGCCUUCACUGGAUACGAAACGCCCACACCGACAGUCUCACUUCAAGGUAUCAGCUUCUAUUUAAAAAAAAAAAUCGUCCUAAACGAGACAGGCAUCAUCAGAGCAGCAGGUUUUAUCACCAGAGUUUCUACAGACUUUUAUAUCCUUCCAGUUGCUAUCGAGAUUAAGCAGACGAAACCAAACAUUUGGAAACUAUAAGUAAGAAUUUUUUUUUCCUAAACAACUGUGCACUUUGCAUGUUAGCAGCUAACAGAGCAAAUUAGCCAUCGUCACAGUACCUUCUAAAGGACGCUCGGUACUUUCUAGAGGCCCCUAUGGACUAACAGGUUUUGAUUUCUAUGAGUAUUUUGCACUCUGUCCUAAGUGUCAGUUUUUUAUGUUUCUUUCAUACAUAGAUAUUCUUUUCAUGUCUCGUUGUUCUUUUAGCAAUACUGGAUAGAUAAUGCCUUAAUGAUGCUAGAUUUACAGAGAAACCCUGAGCCCAAAGGCUUCUUCUCGCUCGUCGUCUUUCUUUGAUAGUGUUUUUUAUCUCGGGUACGUGGAGUUAAACGAAAGCACUCUUCCUGAAGCCCGUUUAUACUUUUGAUAGCAGACUGAUGAUUUCAAGCAGUUGAAAUGUGUGAAUAUAGUGGUAACUAAAGUGUCAAAGCAUUUUUCUAUUGUACUUUUUUGUGUUCGGAUGUUCUUUAGUUGUUUGUGCUUCAGAGAAACAAGGACUUGUAGGGAAUUUUAAGUGAAGCCUGCACAUAGGAGAGGUGUGAGCCGGCAUUAAAGCGCUGCAGCAACAGUGUUUGAGACGCAGUGCAAAGGAAGACGGUGAAUUGCAAACAUGGAGCUUCUCCUUCCACUCCCUCAGGCUACAUCCACACCAGUAGGAUUUUAUUUUGAAAUACGUAGCACCUGUUUCCUUAUCGGUGUUGUUGGUCCUCUGUCUACUUUUACUGAAAAGUCCAACCAGUGAUGGGAGUUGAAAAUGAGUUUACUGCUACACUCUAUAUGCAGGACAUCAGAUGUUGUCUAUGCUAAUUGCAUGGUCCCUGAUCAAAUGCAUAAAUCAAAUAAAUUGCUGCAUUUAAACUGAGCAUCCACCAUGCCCGGGUUUUCUCCGGGCACUCCGGCUUCCUCCCACAGUCCAAAAAUAUGCUGAAGUGAAUUGGUUACUCUAAAUUGCCCGUGAUAUACCAUAUUAAUAAUAAGAAUAAAUACUACAAUAAUAAUAAUAAGACCAUAAAUCAGUUUGUUUCCAUACUUGUCACACAGCCUGCAGUUCAACCAACAACUCUCCAUUUUUGUCAUGUGACUGUUGGUCACAGCUGAGUCAUUCAUGUCUUCAUGAUUGCAUCAAGGAGUGCAAAAGUUUCAGUUUUUUACAGCAUCUGCUCAGCGCAAACUGUUUAUUUAAAAAAUGUAAUGAGGCAUGUGGAGUAAAGUACAGCUGAUAAAAUGUCACUAUUUAAAGCUGAGAUUCAUGAAGUUUUCUGGUGGAACAGUAGCCUAGCCACGCUAGACCCAGCUGUUAAGACACAAGGGUCUAGGACCGCUCGACAGGGAGGGAGGCAGGCUAAAAGGUUGUCUUUCAAAUCACUCUGCAGCAAUUGGGUAGGUAUACAACCAAUCAGCACAACGAAUAGGCUGACGUAGUUCCUAGAGCGCCGGCGGAUUGUGGCUAAGUCCCAUUAGCUUCCCAACCAGCAGAGCCAACUGGUAUAUUAAGGAUUUGCCAUAUCCCGUCAGCAUAAGUCCAAAUACGUCUUUCUUCUCAAUGAAACACUUCAGUGCCGUCCUUUGUUUAUCUUUCAAGUUGAAUUUUAGCUUCAAAUCUUUAAGGGCUGUGGCCAAAGCCGAGUCGAAAGAUAACUGUUUAUUGUGCGCCGGUUGUUUCUGUCAGAAUCGUCGCGCCUCUGUCGUCACUUAGUUACGCCCGCCUUCUGACUCUACACUUCAUGGUGAUUGGUCCGGCCAGUUUUAGGAGAAUCCAGCCUGGAGCCUUAUGGAGGGUAACUCGACCCACCCUGGCAGAGGAUUAAAUUCGUUGCCGUUGUCUAGCACGGCUAGGCUAGUGGAACAGAGCAUCACCGAUGAGUAGUUCCAGGACCGUUGGAAAUCUGAUAAAUUAUUUAAUUGUGCAAUUUUUUUAAAGAUAAAUUGCUUUCAAAGCAGCCAGCAGGUUUUGGUGUUCAGACAAUUACAACGGUUUUCAAAUAAAAACUUAAUCGUGUGGAUGAAGCCUCGGUUAUACUAACAAACGUUACUCACUAAUUCAUCUUUCUCCCCUCAGAGUUCGGGGCCAUUUAGUUUCCUUUUCAAUAUAUUUUCCCACUUUUAGUAUUUGCAAUCUUGAACGCGACCUUCUCCCACACAUGUGAUCUGUAGUUUGUUUUAUUAGCAGCUCAUGUAGACGUCAGAAAGGAACUUGGAGCAGCUCUCACCAGCUGGUUAUAAAUACUGUAGCAGCGACAGAAGGGGAAUGUCGAAUGUGUUGAUAAUGACAUGAGCCGACUCCAAGUGGAGGUCUGCAGUUCACCGAGCGUGACUGACGGACCUCUCGGGUCCAGACUCGAUCACAUCCACGAGUUGGACCGAGGAGCGAAGGAUUUCUGAAGCGGUUUCUUUCUCAUGUUGCACUGGGGCGCUUUGGGCCCACUUGUAAAUCGUUUUUUAGUACCUUUUUGAAUUUUGUUGGGAUACGAGUUGUAUACUUUAAUAUGUUUGUGUAAAAACACAUUCAUUCUUUUAAGCUUUGAAGUUUGGGUAACCAAGAUAAUCCAUGUUAUGAAUGUCGUACUGUGUAUCUUUUAUGUAUUGCAACAUUUAAGCACCUGGCUCAGAAUGAGGACUGACGGAGAGCGAUUUAGAUAUCGGGAUAUGAAUUGCAUGAAAUGCAGUGACGUUUCUCAAAUGUAUUUGCUAAAUACCAAGUGAUAACUAUGCAUAAUUUUAAAUGCAUUGUUCCCUGACUAAAAGAAACUAAAUGAAAUGAGCACUGACUUUUGAAAAGGACAAGCACGUUGUCGUUGUACAGUGUAUUAGUUUGAGAGAAUUGAUCGAAACAAAUUUGACGAUAUUCAGAUUAAAAGCCCUGUAAAGUAUUUUGAUAUUUUUGUGUGUAAAAUUAAAAGGACGAAUUAAGACGACUUUUUUUUGUCAAUAAAUGUAUUUUACUGA